AUGACGACGAAGCUUCUUGUACUGUUCACUGUUAUCUGCUUUGCUGGACUCACACACGGCUGGUACAAUUCCGUGUUCAAUGCGCCUCGAAAACAGCCUCAAAGAUCGUACUACGAAUCCCAGAAUUAUCAAACACAUGAACAGAAAUCGUUCAGUCCGGCCUAUCAACAGCCCGCUGUGUUGGAGGCAUGCGGCAAAUGUGAUCAGAGCAAAUGUGCCAGUAAUCUGAACUGUCCCGUCGGUCUGGUACGAGAUCGUUGCGGUUGUUGUCUCGUGUGUGGCCUCGAGGAAUCCCAUUUAUGCAACUUGGAAAGUGAGGUUUCCGCCUAUAUGAAACAGCAUGUGGGAAAGCCGUGGUACGGGAGGUGUGGACAAAAUUUAGAAUGUCGCAAACGAGAUGAUGUGGAUUUGCGGCAGGUCGGUGGAUCGCAAAGUAUCUGCUACUGUCUCGAGCCCGGUCUCGUUUGUGGGUCGGACGGGAAGACCUAUUCACCCUGUCAGUUGCGAGCGCAGGUAGCGGCAACCAGUGGUAAGGUGAAAAAGAUCGGUGACGGGCCAUGCAAACAAGAACCGGUGGCUGUGCUAAGUGCACCAACGGGGACAGUUGCUCUGGACGAGAAAGUCACACUCAUCUGUGAGGUUCGUGGCUACCCACGUGCUGACGUGACCUGGCAUAUGGUCAAACCGGGAGAUGCAAAGAGCCGCCGCAUGCCCGGCAAAUCGGCCGAUGUGACCGUAUCCGUGCGUGGCGGAGAAUCAGAGACACAAGUUGUGUCCUAUUUGCAAAUCACCAAUUUCACCCUGGAUCACGAGGGUGAAUAUCAUUGCUUGGCAGAGAACGAAUUGGGCAUGGACGACAAGGCAGCACAUGUGGUUCUCAAGGUCUAA